AUGUCUCUUCCACGUUCGUCAAGUGAGCGCACCGGCUCUAUAAACUCGCAAGACAGCCAAAAGACGGCUCUGCACACCAAGAAUGACCCCAACCUAGCACUCUAUGAGGCUCAGCCAAUUGCGGUGAACACCCAACCAGCGACUCGAGAUACUGUAUCGCUGCGGAGCAUGCAGCACAAAGACCGCGAUGGCCGGGUUAUCUCCGACCCGGACCUUUCGAACCCGACCCGGAAUCGUCUGGAACGCCCCCUGGAUACAAUCCGAUCAUUCCAGGCUGCCAUUGAGUCCCAUCGCCGAUAUAACUAG